CCAACUUCAUUCGUUAAAUUGACAGUUCAUUGUAAACAUUAUGUUCCAAAAAAAAAAAAAUUUCUUGUGAUUAUUCUCCAAAAUAAACAUUAAUUCAAUGAUUUAAUUAAAUUAAAUAGACAAUUUUUCGGAUUUUUAUUAUCAAAAAAUUUCAAGUGACAUUAAUUUAAUUCCCAUGGUAAAUGAAUUCCCAUUUUAUUGAACAUCGAAUAAAGGUUAUUUUCGUGAAUCGCGCAACAAAAGCAAUCAUAAAAUGAACGGUGAAGAUGACCAGAAAAUUAAUUCAAAUGAGGCUGGAUCCUCAAUGGAAUAUUCGUCACAAGUUUCGACGGAAAGUGAUGACGAGAAUCUAAAAAGGGCGCAAAAUUUUAUGAUGGGCAUAACUGGUGCAUCGCCGCCAAAAUUUGUUUCACUUGAGGAAAUAAUGAAGGCGACAAAUGGAUUAAAAAAUAUGGCGCUCGCCCAUGAAAUAGCGGUUGAUAAAAAUUUUAAACUUGAAAAAUUAGAAUCCGACGAUAAUGCAUUACACAAACAAGUUAAGGAAAUUAUACACAAAGCAUUUUGGACAUUAUUGGAGGAACAACUUGCCGAGGAGCCACCAAAUUAUACACAGGCAUUGAUUCUAUUAAAAGAAAUAAAAGAGACACUAGACGAAUUAGUAUUGCCGCAUCAUAAAAAAAUACGCGACAAUAUUAAUGAAGUAUUGGAUGUUGAUUUAAUAAAACAACAAGCCGAAAAUGGUGUAUUAGAUUUUCAACAUUAUGCACAUUAUGUUAUGAAUAUAAUGAGUAAAGUAUGUGCACCGGUGAGAGAUGAAAAAAUUAAAGAAUUACAUGAAUUAACAAAUGUUGUUGAUACAUUUCGUGGUAUAAUGGAAAUUUUACAAUUAAUGAAAUUAGAUUUGGCAAAUUUUACAAUAACAAUGAUGAGACCAAAUAUUAUUGCAUCGAGUAUUGAAUAUGAAAAAAUGAAAUUUGCCGAAUUUUUAAAAGUACAAACAGAUGGUUUAAAUUAUACACGUAAAUGGUUAUUGUUGCAUUUAGAUGAGAAAAAAAUUGCCACAGCAUUAAAUGAUUCAAAUACAAUAAAACAAAUAACACAUUGUUUAUUGGCUGAAGCAUAUUUGGAUCUUUUGCAAUUUGAUUUUACACCAAAUGCCGAGACAUUGAUGCUGGAUCAGGGAAGACUUUUGGAAUUGCGAGAUAAAACAAAUCGAAUGAGUAUUAUUAGUUCGGUGCUUUUGUUAGUGAAUAAUAUCGCGGGUCCAGCAAUUCAAGGGGUAUCGAGUUUUAAGAUGAAAAUCAAGGAUCAUCUUAAUGUUAUUUUGGAAUCUGUGCAUUCCAACAAAGAUUUGGAAACUGUGAUGCCAAAUGUUUUGGUGCAAGUGAAAGCGGAUUUAAAAGCAACUCUCGAGGAAAUUGGUGCACCGCCAAUGCCAUCGGAAAUUGAAACAAUUCUCGAUGGACAAAUUUUGGAUCUCGUUAAUCCCGAACACAAAAUUCGUUAUCUCGUCAACCUGAGGAUUCGUCAAUUUUUGGAAAAAUUGAUUCUCUCACAAUCGGCUGCACCGCAGCAAAUUCCACCUGGACUCUCGUCACUUCAACAAGAAUUGGCAUCAAUAUCAGCACAAUUUCUCAUUUUAGUGUCACACAAUCGUAGCGUUUUUGGCGAUUAUUAUCAAGAUAUUGUCGCCGAGGCACUUCAACACGCUGAGAACAAUAAAAUCAUUGCCAUGGAGGAAACAUAGAAAAAAAAUAGACAAUAGAAUAAGAAAAAAAAAAGGAGAAAAAAAGAAAUUAAAAGCGCUGUGUUAAAAAAAAAGAAUUUAUCGAAAAAAGAGAAGCAUAAAAAUAUAUAUAUUAUACUAUAUAUAUAAAGAAAAGAAACAAAUUUUUUGAAAUAGUUUUCAAAAAUAUUUUCCAAUCAAUUUCUGGAUAGAAUAGAAUAAAUUAUUAGAUUUAUCAACAAUUAUUGUCAAUAAUUAUUACACUG